UUUCUUGUAUCCUAUAGUUUUCUAUUCACCAACCUGAACAAAGUCGAUCUCCUUGCUAGCCACCAUGAUCGAUGUUCAAUUCUGCUCAUUCAUCUUCCCAGUGUUUCUAAUCAUUUCAGCCCUCGUGAUCCGAUCCAUUUUCAACAAACCCUCGAGGCCAACCACCGAUAUUCGCUUGCCUCCGAGUCCACCUGCCUUGCCAAUCAUCGGUCACCUCCACCUUCUAACCCCAUCAUUGUACAAAUGUUUCCAAAUCCUCUCUGCCCAAUACUGGCCUCUACUUUAUCUUCGCUUUGGCGCAUCGCGGUGCCUGCUCGUGUCCUCAGCCUCCAUAGCUGCUGAAAUCUUUAAAGCCCACGACCUCGCCUUUGCUUCUCGGCCUCUAUUCGCCUUUGCCGACAAGUUACAGUACGGAACUUCAGGAUUCAUCAAUGCCCCAUAUGGUGAUUACUGGAGGUUCAUGAAAAGGCUCUGCGUCAAGGAGCUUCUCGGCGCUCGACAGCUCGAGCGGUCACGGCCAGUUAGACGUGAAGAAAUCGAGUGGCUGCUGCGGAGAGUGAUGGAGAUUGCUCGAGAUAAAGAGGCUGCAAUCGAUAUGGGUGCUGAGUUGAUGAGGCUUACAAACAAUACGACAUGCAGGAUGGUGAUGAGCACUAGGUGUUCAGAGCAAGAUGGAGAGGCAGAGAGGGUAAUACAGCUUGUGAAGGAGUCCUUUGAGUUGGCUGCAAAGAUGUGUUUUGGGGAUGUGUUGGGCCCUUUGAAGAAAUUGGGCUUUUGGGUUUAUGGGAAACAGGCUAUGGAUGUGACCAGGAGGUAUGAUGAGAUCUUGGAGAGGGUUCUUAAGGAGCAUGAAGAUAGAUGGAAGAGUGAAGAAGUUGAGAGAGAAGAUAAGGACUCGAUACUCCUGGAGGUUUGUCAAGAUGAGGAAGCUGAGGUCAAGAUCACAAGGACCCAUAUCAAGGCCUUUUUUCUGGAUCUCUUCAUUGCUGGCACUGAAACUUCAGCAGAAGCCAUGCAAUGGGUAAUGGCUGAGUUGAUUAAUCAUCCCUGCGUAUUCAAUAAGGUCAGAGAAGAAAUAGAAUCUGUCGUUGGAAAAACUAAACUAGUUGAAGAAUUAGAUACCGCAAAUCUCCCUUACUUGCAAGCGGUUGUGAAGGAAACACUAGGACUACACCCACCUGGCCCUGUGACACUACGAGAAUGCCGCCAACGCUGCAAAAUCAAUGGGUUUGAUAUUCCAGAAAAAACUGCAAUGGCUAUCAAUCUUUAUGCCAUCAUGAGGGAUGAAGAUUCAUGGGAUGAUCCUAACGAGUUCUGCCCAGAGAGGUUCUUAGUUUCCUUCAAGGAGAAAGAUAAAGACCAAUAUCAAAGCGAAGAAACGGGACAAACAUUCUUCAACUUUGUUCCCUUUGGGGCUGGAAGGAGAGGGUGCCCAGGAACAACACUGGCAUUCAGCUUGAUGAAUACUGCGAUUGCAGCUUUGGUUCAAUGCUUUGACUGGAAGGUUGGUGGCGAUGGCGAUAGGGUGGAUAUGCAAUCUGGGCCGGGCAUGUCAUUGGGCAUGGCUCGCCCACUUAUAACUCGUCCCGUUGUUCACUUUAACCCGUUUGCGGCCACAACAUAAUCAUAUCUUCAUCUACAUAAACAAAAUGUGCCGAAUUAUGCGGACAUCAAAAGGCAAACGUUUUGUUUUAAAGAAUAAGUAAAAUAGGUCGGACUGUUCAUCUGGUUCCGGCCAAGUGAAAUGUCUUCUUCAGUUAU